CGCUGUAACACGGAAAGUUCUGAAUGUGCGCGCUGGACAAAUAUAAAUAGUAAAAUAAAAAUAAAAAUAUGUGCGAUUCAUUAGAAUUUUUUUAUCAAGUACACGCUACUAAAUAAAUAACACAAAUCUGAUAAAUUUUUAAAAUCUAUUCCAUUACAUUUUUUUUUUUUUAAUUAUUAUUAUUGUUAUUUUUGAUAAAAAUAAAAAUAUGAUUCAUUAGCGUUCGCAUCACAGCGACUCGAACGCGUCGAAAUUACCAAAAAAACAAAUAUUUAAUAUGUAACUGUAUUUUCUAUUCAUAAAUGCGUCCUAUUCGAUUGCGUCAAUCGGAUAACAUCUACUUACAAGGCAAAUGGCGGUGGGCCGAACAAACUAGACUGAGAUUUCCAAAAUCGGCGGCGGCGGUUAUUUCGACAUAGAGCGGAUGAAGUUACCCCCAUGAUGCCCGUUAUGCUGAUCCAGCACCACUUAUUGGCCGCUGACGUAUUCGAGUGCUUUACCGUUCGGAUGACGGUAUCUCAUUCACCGGCACACCGGGCAAUGCGCUACUACCGUAUCUGGAUAUACACGUGCAACACCGUGCUCAUGGUGUGCGUCGUGUGCUUCGUGGUGAUCGCCUACCAGCUGGUGGUGGCCGACCAGCGGCGGCACCUGGUGCCCGGCCUGGACCUGUGCCAUCCCAGCCUGCUGUACGUGUACGCCGCGCUCUUCGUCCAGUGCACCGUGCUGCAGAUCGUCGGCUUCCUGGGCGCCCGGUCGCUCAGCGAGCGGCUGCUCAACGUCUACUGGCUGCUGCUGCUCGGCCUGCUGGUCGGCGACGCCGUGCUGGGCGUCUACUGGGUGUACAGGUACGACAAAAUGGUGGCCCGGCUGAAACCGGCGCUCCGGGACCGGUUGGCCGCGGACUACGGCCACGACAGGCGGUUCACGGCCGUCUGGGACGACCUGCAGCGCGACCACGAGUGUUGCGGCGUCAACGGGCCGCCGGACUUCUUCAACGUCACCGUGCAACUGGGCGUUGAACACUUUGUCGAUUACACGACAGUGCUACCGGAUAGCUGCUGCUACCAUAAGCCAGAAGCAGUGGCAUCAGCAUUCCGAAGGGAUUACUGGCAGCCACAAACAACAACUACUGCUAUAUUGACCACGGUCCAAGCGGAAGAGCACGACAACAUGGAAGAGAUGCCAAUGAAGUGUCGGCUGCCUUCGUACCGGUACUACUAUCCCGGAUGUGAACGAGCGCUGAUGGCGUGGAUACGUAGAAGUGCCGACGUCUUGUUCGUCCUCGGUUACUGUGUCAUAUCAUUUUUGAAACUGUGUUUUCUAGGCAUUCUGAGGUAUGAAAUUCGAGAAAUGAUACAAAAAAUAAAAAUACUUCAUGGAGAUACAGCUCGACUAGAAUUAGUCAAUGUACCCCAACAAGCUACAGGGAAGUUGUUACAAAAAGUUGAACAUAAUGGUAGCGUAGUACGUGUAUCUACUCCUAUGAGACAAGACACUCAAAUAGAAGGAAGUUUAGAUGGAGUGAAACCACUUCUAAAAGGUCGUUCGAUAGAAGCGACAUUCAGGGUAAAGUCCUCGAACACGGACGGCAAUGAAUCAGACACUAAUAGCCACAGUGCGUUAUUAUUGUGUGAUGACAAGCGAUUGACAGGCUCAUCUAGUAAGAGUAACUACGAACUUCACGAGUUAAAAGAUGUAAAUCGACUACUAACCACCAGACACAAGAAUCAAAUAUGACUACGAAGAUGCGUGGCCGCUUGGUUCCGAGUGAUUGACAGUAACCAAAAAUUCCCAUUGUUGGCGACACCAAAACCGCAUAAAAGUUAUUAAACGAAAAAUAAAAAAUAAAAACAAAAAAUAUUAUUAAAAUUGGAAGAUGCAUUUUUUACGUGAUACCUACAUUAUAAUUUAUUCAAAAAAAAAAAAAACGAAAAAGAAUACUAUAAAAAUAGAUUUCAAAAUAAAAACUAAAAAUAGUAUAAAAAAUAAAAUUAUAAUUUGUCAUUAUACAAGUACAUACCUAAACAAAUAAUUUGAAACAUCGAAAUGGUUAAUUAACUAAUAAACUGUUAGGCAUAAAUGUGAUUGGAGUAGACUACAUGGUGCUACAUGUCAAUAAAUUGAUUAAGUGUAACAAUAAUAAUUAAUAAAAGAAAUGUAUAAUGAUUAAAAAUCAACUUAUAAAAACACAUUUGUGGUUAUGUUGAAUUAAUUUUAUGAAUCAUCCAAUGGUUGUAUUCGAAGGAUUUGCAUUACCUCGAUAUUUUUUUUUAUAGAUACCUAUUUCAAAUUUAAUAUUUUUUUCUUCAAAUUCUAUUGCAUUAUUAAUUGAACCCUUUCAUUCUGCCUUAACUUUUUGUGUUAGUGACAUUUAUAGUAAUAUUUUUAAAAAAAAGUCAAAUUUUGUAAGUAAAAUAUAAUUUGGUACUCCUUCAAUAAAUUGUAUAAAUAUAAAUUAUAGUAAUACAUGUUAUUUCAAAAUAUUACACUAAAGAUUGAGCGAUUCAAACUUCUAUAUUUAAUUUAAAAUUUUAACUAAAUAAUAAAUAACAAUUUUUCUGCAAUCUAUUUCCAACAUAAAGUGAUUUUAUUUAAUGAUAUUUUACAUUUAUUUAUUCAUUUAUUUUUUGUAAGUUUGGAAAUCUUAAUAUAAUAAAAUUAUGAAAAAUAUUGCUAGCAAAACAGAUUAUCAAUAGGGAUUGAACUAUUUAUUCAAGCGUCUAAAGAGGUAUAAGUAUAGUGUUAUUUUAGUACCUACAUCUUAAAAGGAAAACAUCUUACAUAAUUGUUAUUAACUAUAUGAAUUUAUAUACACAAUUUGAUAUAAUAACAAAUAAUUAUAUACUCUCAUUAAACCUUGAAUGUAUUUGAAUCAUAUUAAUACAGUUUUAAGUUUUUACAAACUUCUGGUGACAAGUUUAUUUUAUAUUUUAAUUAAAUUAAAUUCUAUUUGUCUUACUUUCAAUUAAGCUAUUCAUAAAUGCUUAUGGUAUACAGUCACCCAAUGAAUCUACUUAGAUAAUAUAUUAUAAUCUCAUAUGAGAUAACUUAAAAAAAGAUCUAUGAACUCGAUAGAAGUUUAAUUCGAGUAGCUCAAAGCGGAUACCUCGAUAUAUAUACAAAAAUGUUUAAAUAACAAUUUUGAAAUAAUUAACUACCAAGUUAAAAAAAAAAAGAUUUUACUUCCAGCAAAAAUAUGAUUAGGUACUUACUUUUAAAUGUCAAUGAACAAUGAACUAUAAAGCAUUCUUUAUGGUAAUGAGUAUAUAAUGAACUCAAAACUUUAUUUUGCAGUCAAAUUUAUAUAAGUACUUAAAAACUAAACCUAAUUUCCUUAUUAUUAUAACUAUUUGAUUGUUGAAAAUCUAAAACAAGAUCAUUACAACCUACUUAUUUCUAAUUUAAUAUAAAAUAGUUAUACUUCUUAUCUUAAAUUUUUAGUUUUCCAAUGGAACUAAAUUUUAUAAUACUGUUAAUUCUAAUAUUAUGUAUAGCCUAUUUUCUUGUGUCAUGGACUUGUCGCUUCCCAAUUGUCUUUAAUACAAUCAUGAAAAUGUAUGCAAAAGUUUGACUGUACUAGCAAACCGUGGUUAGGUAUGUUUUAUUUGUUAUUACUUAAUUAAAAAUAAAAUGUUAAAAUGUUUGUUGUACAAUAAA